UUUUUAAUUGUCAAUGCAUUUACUGCCUUUCAUUCUUUUCUUUCACUACUAUUUUAGUACAACAGAAUAAAUGAAGGUACUCACGUAUAAACUACUUUAGAAUUCAGUAGUUAAUUUACAUACGUAAGUACAAUAUUUAUACAAUGCAAAUGUAGUUCUAUAAAUAUAUAAAGCGUUUAUCAAGUACAAAUUGAAUAAUUGUUACUUAGGCGAAGUCAGAGUGUCCGAGAUAAUUCCGCCGAUAUCGUAUCAGUCGCUGUUCAUAGCAGCCUCAGGCGGCACGUUUAACGCGCCUAUAUUUGACAUCCAUACAGUUUAUUUUUAUAACUUUCAUUUGUAUUUUGUUAGUUAUGUGACAAAGUGACAAUUUCAAUUAAUGGUAAAGUAAAAUAUUAUAGUGACUGAAGAUUUUACAAUUUUAUUAUUUUAUAUUAUGAAACAUGCCUACUAAGAAGAUCAAGUCUCCUCAGCAAAUAUGGGAGUAUGGUUCUUCAACCCUGGUUCAUUUCACAGAGAGGAUAUUUUUUACUCUUGGAGUGCUAGUUGCAAGAAACCCAUGGAAAACAAUAACAGUAACAUGGUGUUUUAUGCUAUUGAGUUGCAUUGGUCUAAUGAAAUUUUACAUAGAAAAAAAUCCAAUGAAAUUAUGGGUGCCACCAGAUUCUGAUUUUUAUUAUGACACCAAUUGGUACAUUGAUAAGUUUCAAACAAACUUUAGACUUCAAAAUGUAAUUAUCACUGCAGAUGAUGUGCUGGACCCAAAGGUUUUACAAAUUAUUAUGAAUAUUACCAGAGAAUUAAAUUCUCUUCAAAUUUCAUAUCAAAAUAAAAAUUAUAGUAUACUAGAUUUGUGUUAUGCAGUGCCAAUUGUUGAUAUAUAUGGUGCAAACAGUGAAACAAAAUCUGCAGAGUCUACCGCUGUAAUGGAUAGUGCUAAUAAAAACAGUACAAACCGUGAUGAUGAUUUUAAGGAUCCUAAUUUGUGGAUUGGUGAUAUGUUUUAUUGUAGUUUUAUAGAAAACUUUAAUUCAGUGUGUCUUCAGCACAACAUUGUAGAUUUAUGGAAAAAUGAUAUCAAUUUAAUACAUAAUACCACCAAAUAUGACAUUGUAAGGAAAGUAAAUCAAAUAACUAAAAAUCCUGUCACAGGGCAUCCUAUGAACUACACUAAACUAUUAGGUGGAAUUGAGCAUGAUGAGACUGGGGAUAUAGUGUCUGCUAAAUCUAUUAUGUUAACAUGGUUCACUCUUGUGAACAUGUCUGCUGUUGAUAUCAACGAAGUUGGUAAUUUAGUUGGUACUGAAGAUUGGGUUUCAAUACCACUGGCAAUGUGGGAGUUAAAAUUUAUAGAAUUAAUGCAUAGUUUCUCUCAAAAUUUAACUGACAUUAACUUGUAUUAUGAAGCUGGAAGAAGUUUUGCCGAUAUUAGUGGUGAGGCUAUGUUUAAAGAAAUUGACAAAUUGUUUUUAGGAAUUAUAUUAAUGUUCUUGUAUAUACAAUUUGCAUUGUCGCGAUUUAAUUGGUUAGAAAUCAGGCUAACUUUGGGCAGUGUUGGACUUCUUUGUAUAGGUAUGGCAUAUAUUACUACAGUAAGUUGGUGUUCUAUAUUCGGCAUAUCAUUUGGUCCAGUGCAUUCAUCUCUGCCAUUUCUACUGAUGGGACUUGGUAUAGAUGAUAUGUUUGUUAUGUAUGCAUCUUGGAAAAACUUAUCUGAGAGUGAAUCUAAAAAAAGUCUUCCUAUUAGAGUUGGUUUAAUGCUAGAACAUGCUGGUGUGUCAAUAGUAAUCACUUCUUUUACUGAUAUAGUUGCUCUUCUUAUAGGAGCUAUUACUAUUUUACCAUCCUUAAAAUCUUUCUGCAUAUAUGCUGCUGUUGGUGUCUUUUUUAUAUUUUGUUAUUCUGUUACAUUCUAUGUUGCUAUUUUUACUUUAGAUAUAAGAAGGAUACAGGAUAAUAGAAAUGGUAUACUGUUCUGUUACAAGCAUUCCAAAGACAUUUCUAUUUCUAAAAAAGAAACAAUAUUUCAUAGAUUGCUUACAAAAUUUUAUCAAAAUGUAAUUUUUACUUCUGCUGGAAGAACACUUAUUAUUUUAUUUGUAUUAGUGAUGACUGGAUUUAGCACAAGUGCACUAUUUCAAUUAGAGCAAAGGUUUGAUCCAAAAUGGUUUAUCCCUGAUGAUACUUAUUAUAAGGAUUAUCUUAAUACAUAUGAUAAUUAUUACCCAGAUGAAGGGUAUUUAUCAAUGGUAUUUCUUGGCGAAAUGAAUUAUCAUUACGAAUUUCCAAAUUUAUAUAAAAUAGCACAUGAAUUAAGGAACCAAUCCUACAUUGACAAUAUUUUGUCUUGGAUAGAUUCAUUUCACAGAUAUGUUUUAAGGAAUUUCAAUCGGGAUUUAAUGAAUGUAACGUCAGUUACAAGUGAAGAAUUCGACCAAUUUUUAUCAAAAUUUUUAUAUAGUUCGGUGGGCGGGCAAUUUCAGCUAAACUUUAGGUUCGCUGAACCUCUUCGCUGUGGAUUCCCGACAUCAAACAUAACAGCAUCUUCUAUGCAGUUUAAAUUCCAAAGAUUUAAUGGACCUGAGGAAUACAUACCGGCUAUGAACCACGUGAAAAAUAUUGUAAAAUCUACUUCGAUCUCAACGGGCGACGGUUAUCGGAGCGUAUGGUCUAAAGUGUUCGCAAAUUGGGUUACUGAUGAAAUAAUAGCGACUGAAGUGGAAAGGAAUAUAGAAUUGGCCUUACUUUGUGUCAUGGUUUGUACUAUAAUUUUAAUAACAAAUUUACAAAUGUGUUUCUGGAUAUUUCUUUGCGUGUUAAUAACAAUUGUGAACGUUUUGGGGUGGAUGCAAAGGUGGGGCAUGACUGUAGACAUAGUUUGCUGUAUUGGCCUUGAACUUGCAAUAGGCUUAUGUGUAGAUUAUGCAGCUCAUAUCGGUCACACAUUCUUGGUUACUGCAGAUGGUGAUAGAACUACUAGAGCAAUGAAAACGGUUACAUCUAUCGGUACGGCAGUGUUACUAGGUGGCGGUUCGACUUUCUUAUCAUUAUCUAUUCUUAGUAUGUCCAAAACUUACACAUUCCAGUCAUUUUUCAAAAUAUUCUUAUUAGUUAUAGUAUUUGGACUUUUUAAUGGUUUGUUAUUCCUUCCAGUGGUUUUGUCAUUGGUAGGGCCAGCCGCGUAUAGAAGUCAAAAGGAAUCCAAAAUUACGAGCGAGAGUAUCGAACUUAAUGGUAAACAACAAAUUGAAGAAAAACCGACAGACGAUGGUUAACCAUAUUAUUUGAUAUUUUUAAAUUACAAUAAUAAAUCGCUCUGAGUAAUCUAAGUCAACAAUAAUUCUUAGUUAAUUAUUGUUCAAAAGACUAGCUGUAUCAUAUUAAAUUAAUAAUUUUUAAAGUGACUUUUUCAAUUUCGUUAUAUUUUGGGAAUAGGCAAAAAAAUAAUCAUUAGUUCUUUAAAAAGAAGGCAAUCUCAGUUAUAUAUUUAUAGUAUGUACUUAUGAUUAUUGUAAUUUUCCAUUAUCUUUUAACGAUUAUUUGUAAAAUUCAUGAAUAGCAUAUAUCUAUCAACGUAUAAUAACGAUUUAUUUGUUAAAUAGUACAAGAGAAUCUCUUGGAUUCCUUAUCGGAAGAUAUGCGUCAACUAGUGGGAUUUAUAAUGCUCGAUUAAUCUAUUAACUGAUAUGGAGAAUGAAAAGUUUUAAGUUAUCGACACUAAUGUACAUAUACACAUUAUAGUUACAAAUAAAAUUUCAACAACUUAGAUUUUAGAAUUUAAAAUUCAAGAGGUAUAUAUCUCUAGGGUAUAUGUAGUAUAUCUCUAAAUCUUAGGGUAUAAUAAUUUAAUCUUUCUAUCAAUCUUUUAUGAGGGAGACUGUCAUUCGUUAUUGUUGCAUGUUUGUAUUAUUUCACUAAACAGCAAAGAUUUAUGCUCGAUUAUAUAAUUUGGUUGAAAUUAAAAUCAUUCUAAACAUGGCUGAUUUAGGUUUUCAUGCCACCCAAUUAAUUUUGGUGAAUACUACCAUGUACUGCCAUAAGAUAAUGUAUAAAAAAUAAUGUAUAUGUUAUUAUUAUAUAUUUCACUUUGUCUUAAUGAUUCUUAACAUAAUUUCAGAUUAUGCAUUUUAAUUACUGCUGUAUUAGAAUACCUACAUGCCAUGAUUGAGGCGCAUAAUUACUUUAUAAGAUAUAAUUUUGUCCUCUGUCUUAUAAGAUUAUCUGACAGAAACCAUUUUUAUUAAACAAGAAGACCUCGUUAAUUACAAUAAUAAUAAUAAUUGCUAUAAUUAACACGCCUUAAUCACGCUUAUCUGUAUUUUUUAUAAAUUAUUGUUAAACAUUAAUGUGUUAUUGUAGAAUAGAGUAUAAUAGGACAUUUGAAUUAUUUAUAAUUAUCAUCGCUUUUCAUUAUCUCAGAUAAAUCUUUACUAAUAUUUCAAAUGUGAACGUCUUGGCUCGUUGAUAUUUUAUAACUAUUAAUCUAGACCUUUCUAAAUCUAGAGAAGUCACUAAGAAAGAAUUUAAAUACUUUUUAAAAACAUACAUAAAACUUAAUAUGCAUCUUAGAUAAAUUAAUCAAUGUAAAACCAAUCGUAAAAUUAGGUACAUUGUAAAUUUUAUGGUCGUAGAUACUAAAUUUAUAUUACGUUACUAACUACAUCCAUUAUCCAGAGGUAAUCUUUUCUUAAUAUACGUUCAUACAUUGUAACAAAUUAAUAUUUCACAUAUAUGUAAGUGAAAAUAUAAACAUUGCGUAAAAUUUUGCAUCACAUCCCUAUUGACUAACUCUUAACGGUAAGAUGAAAUAACAUCGAACUACUAUGUACUAAACAUUAUUUCUAACUGUAACAAAAUUUCAUAAAAUGCUUAUAGUACCUAUUUGUUUAAAAAUCAACAUUGACCCAUAUUCUUAUAUCCCAAAACUUGCUACACAGCUCCCUCUGCCUAAUUAGUAUUACAAAAGUAUUUUUUAUCCCGAACCAACUGUCCUUUUCGUUGAAUAUUCCAAUGAAAUUACAAGCUACGAGGACAUAUUAGUUCCCAGGAAUGACAACACAAGAUUACCAGGGAUAUCAUAAUAUACUUGUUUGAAGAAGUCUGUUUUGUUGUAGCAUAUAGAAGACUGUUAUCACUAUUCAUCAGUGAGUCGUCACAUUGUUUGCCAUUUCAAUUCUUGUAAAAUUGUUUAACUGCAUAAAAUAUUAGGUAGGUAACCUAUGUAAAAAUAUGACCAUUACAACUUACUUAAAAUUUAUGAAUUAUACAGCCAUUUCAAUGAUUAUAAAUAAAGACCAAUAUCUGUGUAUUCGAAAAAAUAAUUUAUAAUUAAUGUAAAACUAUUAAAAUAAACAUUUAAGAUUUCGCAUUUACAUGGAUAAGCACAUAAUUAUCCUAGCAUCAAUCACAAUGUACCAACUCAUUGUAGUACCAUGAUAAUCUCUGUCUAUUAUUCAACAAUGUAUGUGUCGAUCUUAUGGCGACAACUCUGUCACAGAACAUAUAGCUAAUAACGGUAUAUUUAAUUACCUACAUUGUAUACUUUGUUUUAUGCUAGAUAUCCUUCUAGAUUCGUACCAUUUUUGCUCAGCUAGAAGUUAUUUAUAUCUACAAGUAUAAACAGAAUUAUAUUGGUAAAUACAAUUUUUUUUGUAGUUGACAUAUUAAAUAUCUUCACUGGAUACCUAUAUCUAGUGUUAGUUUUUUAGUACUGUUUGUUAUACUGUGGUAUUUUUUUUUUAAUGGGAUGAAAAUAGAGUGGUAACUGAAAAUACAGGGUUGAACUUCAUUCGGUCUCCACUAGAUAACAUUGUGGAUAACUCCAGGAUACAUGAUGAACUCUGACCUGCCUUUUCAUUCUCACCUAUCAUCCCCGCCAGUGUAUAUAGUUAGCGCAGGAGGGGUUACCAUUCCAUUAUAUUAUUAUUAAAAAAAAAGUACGGUACUCAGACAUACUGUCACAGCAUAGAAUGGCAACGCGUGAGGGAUGACACUGUAUUGUGUAAUGUUCAUAGUGCACUUCUUACCUGCAGGCCACCAUUACUACUUGUCAACUGUUGAGCCGUCCAAUGAUUUGCCAUAUCCAGUUGCUUAAAAAAGAAUUAUAAUAUCAAUUAAAUAGUCCUUUUCAAGAUUUCGUACCAAAAACGUACAAACUACUAAUGCUAUCAAUUUGAAAUUUUGAACACUUUUACAUAAGUACAUACUAUAAUAUUGAUCUACACAUAUUGCAAUGGAAAUAAUUAAAAAAUAUUUUUAUUUUCUAUGCUAGGGAGUCCAAAACGUAUAUCCAAAAUUUAAAAAUUGACCUACUCGUCCAAGUAGUGUAUCAUUAGAAAAGGCUUUAUUUGCAUAUUUUAAAACUGUUUUUUUAUUUUUAUG